ACUGUCAGCCAACACACACCACAGAAAGAAAAAUUAAACAAGAAACCACUCAGCGCUCUUUACCGGUAUCGGCGGCUGCUCAUCUCUGAUAACUGAAAUUGGAUAAUUAUAAUUUAUUGUCUUAAGAUGAGUUCGGACAUUAAAAAGGGAUAUCCACAGGGUGUUGAUCUUGAUGCUAUCGACGCUGCUCCUACGUAUCCGACCAAAGGUAGUGAAAAAUAUUAUGCAUCAGGGGGUAGCUCUUCCACAUGUGACGAUUGUGAAUGUUUGACGGCGAAAAGAAUCGUUGUGGUGAUUGCUAUUAUUCUUGUGAUUGUUUUUGCUAUUGGUCUCGGAGUUGGUCUCGGGAAAAAAGACUCCGGCUAUACUGGUGCUUUUGCAAAAACUUAUGGCGAUUCUUGCUCAUUCAGGUGCCAACCGACAGGCUAUACACGAAAACCUCUACUUGUGAUAGCCUUGGACGGAUUACGCUAUGACUAUGUGAACAGAACAAAUCAUGCCCCAAAUAUCAAACGUCUUGCUCAGUGCGGAGUGCAAGCUAAGUUAAGACCUUCAUUCCCAGCACUUACGUAUCCUAACUUAUAUUCGAUCAUCACGGGAUUGUAUCCAGAUUAUCAUGGUAUUGUGUCGGACUAUAUCUAUGACGAGGAAGAAAGAAAUGAGUUUGAGCCUGUGACGUCACCAGAAGAUAUAGAACUUAGCAAAGGUUAUUGGUACAAGGGAAAAGCGCUAUGGGAAUCUGCGACAGAGCUUGGCUACAUCACAGCUAGUCACUCCUGGCUUGGAAGUAAUGUUGAAGAUAAUAUGUAUGAAGACGGAAUCCAGAGGGUGCGUCACCCAACCUAUUAUGCUGAAUAUGAAGAUAUCGAUUACAGUAAAAGAAUGAACACAGUGAGAGCUUGGAUAAAGGCACCGUCUGACAAAAGACCACGAUUAAUAACAAUGUUUAUGGAAGACCCAGGUAAAACAGCCAAAAAGUAUGGUAUCUACUCAAAACAAUUUAAUGAGAGUCUACGCGAAACCGACGAAGCAAUUGGUAUAUUAAUGGAGGAUCUGAUGGAAGAACAAAUGUUGGACUGUAUUGACGUCAUGGUUGUUGGGACCAGUGGCAUGAUCGAUGUAACCUGCAAUGAUGUAUUUUAUCUUGAUGACUUCGUUGAUGAUGUACGAGAUUAUGACGUGUCUCCGGAUUACAUCGGAUCUUUCGCAGAGCUAAUGCCAAACGAUCGUGCUAAGUACAAUACUACAGAGAAUUUGGCCGAACGCUUGCAAUGUCAGGAGGAUUUUGCAUCGUUCUAUAUGACAAACUUAACUAUUCCUGUGCGUUAUCACUACGGCAGCAACGAGAGGUCUGCGCCCCUUGUCGUAGUCAUGGAAAACGGAACUGUGUUUGCAGGCGGUCAGAAAACUAGAUACAAUCGAGACAACUGUAAAGGAGCAAAUGAUGGGUUUGAUCCGUACAACAUGUCGAUGCACGGCCUGUUUGUGGGAUUCGGACCAAGCUUCAGAAACGGUUUGAUUAUGAGAGAACCUGUUGCCAAUGUAGAACUCUAUAAUCUCAUGGCUGAACUGAUUGGUGUAACACCCGAACCUAACAAUGGGACCUAUGGUAGAAUGAGGACAGUGAUGGAGGUGCCCGGCUCAUACGAUCCACCAACGUACAGAAGCAACGUACAAAAUACAACAUCUGUAAUGUUUCCAACUACUGACAAUGAGGGGUUGAGACGCUACAACGCAUAUGAAUCCGGGUGCUCGUGUCCCCCGACUGCUUUGCAGAGAUAUACACAGACAAAUUUAGAUGGCAAAGAUUACGACAACAAUCUGAAUUUAAAUCAAGGAGCCAUGUCUUCGAGUAGACAGGUCAAUGCUCCAUACGGUUUACCGGUGCUAGUCAACGAUACGAAUCCAUUCGGCGAGGACUUCGGCUACCUCUACCAAAAUAAGUUUAUAAGCGCAUAUGACAAUUAUAUUCAUAUCCAACGAAUGGCCACAUUUAAUAUACAAAAAAAUUUAGCAUUCAUUACACCAAUAGAGGAUUGUACGACUGAUGACGUUCGUAUUCAGACAGAGAACAGUGUAAAAUGUAGUGCGUACCUCGGCCAACAAUACGAAGAUGGCCUCACCAAACGUUUUCUAUUCAGUUGUAGUAAAUUCACUGGCGGUUCCACGACGGUUCCCGAUUUUGCACCUCAAAUUAAUUGUCUUAUUUCUUCAAACAUUGUUCCGAUGUACUCUCGCUUCUAUACCGGUUUUUGGAGUAAACUUGUUACCGAAACAAUGCAGUGGGCAAAUGUAUUCAAUGGUAUUAAUGUUGUAGUUGGGCCAAUUUUUGAUACCAAUCAUGAUUCCAGACGUGACACGUAUUUUGAACUCGCUGGCGGUACAAAUUGGAUUGGUGACACCCCCGUACCCACCCACUACUACUACAUAGCGACGAGAUGUCGAGGUAACCGCCAGCCCACAUCUUGUGCAAGAAAUCUUGAGGAUAUGGACAUUUUGUCACUCGUACUACCACAUUCCAAUGAAUAUGUUCCUAACUGCAAGGAUUUCGAAGAAAAUUUAGCCAAUAAUCGAGCAACAAUUAGUGAUAUUGAACAACUAACAGGAAUAGUAUUCUUCCCGGAUCUGACUAACGAUGCUUCCACCGCCGAGGACAUGAUGCUGAGGAAACUCCUUUUCCCUUCUAUGUGGUCCACAAGGAAUUAGGCGGCGUGACUAUUGCGCUGUAACUUAAUGCAGGUAUUGUCGGGUUUCCAUAAAGUCGCUACACACUAUAGCCAAUAGCUUUCGGCGGCGCUGGACUUCGGGGACAGGUUACCCAGUUCAGUGAACACGCUGUAUCAUUUUUAUGAAAAGCCGUCUAGUUGACCUGUGGAUCGGAGGAAAUAUUAAUUUGUAUUUUACCAAAAAAAGAUAUGAUGAUACAGUAAUUUUAAUUAGUAGGAUCUGAUCAAGAUGAAAAUAUAGCGUUUUUAUAUGCUGCGAGUUAUGACGACUCAUGGGACUAUAAUACCUUUCACAAAUUGAAUUUAUAUUGUGGACGUAAAUAUUCAUAAUAAUUACACAAAGUAAUCACGUUGAAAGACGGAGAUAUCGCCGAGUGAGAUGCACCUUGAUUUUACUAAUUAAAUUAUAUCACAAAAAAUGUAAAUAUUGUGAAAUAUGCUUUUUAAAACGAGCGAGUUGUGGUGAUAGUUAAUGAAUGAUCAUUCCAAAUCGUAAUUAAUUUUUAAAAGACCAUAGAAUCAUUGGGACUAGGAUUUAUAGGCUAUAAUAGUCCUGAAUUAUCUAUAUUUUGGCUGCUAAGCUAUUUUGUACGAGUAGGUCUAUAGUUAAGGCUAUGAUGAUGAUGAUCACAGUACUGGGCAAUUGUAAGGAAAACACAAUUCCGUAUUUAUUCGAAUAAAAGCCAUCCUCGAAAAGGCGCGCCGAAAAUUUAUUUUUUCUUUGAAUAAGCGCCCUCUACAUGUCUUUAAACAAAGUAAUUGAAGCAAGAUCGUUUUCAACACAUUCUGCUAUUGUUGUACUCCAAUAGAAUUACAUUUUUUUAAGCUGAUUUGGAUCAAUACGUCUUUAUGAUCACGCAGUAACACAGUUUGAUGGUCAUUUUUUUUAUGUUCCACAUCAUUUGCAGUGAAACUAAGCGAUUAUUUGAGUAUAACGAAUUUACACUAAAAAAUAAUACUAAUAAACACCUCCGUCGAAUAAACGCCUCCCUCGCCUAAACGCCCCCACCCCCCAAAAAAACCCUUCGUUUAUAAAAAGAAAUACGGUAUUCAAUUGAUAUAUUUUUGGAUUUUAAAAGUCAUUACUUUUUACUAUUUUGUAUAGUAUAAAAAUGAAAUAGUAGUAGUAGGCCUACAAAAAAUUUACAAAUCAAGGACAUUAAUUAUAAAGAAAUCAUAAGGUAAUACUUUUUCUGUAUUCUGAGAAAUGACAAAGCCUAGGCCUAUGUUUAAAAUGACUGAAUUAAAUAAAAAUUUAAUUAUAGGAAAUGUUAUCAAGUUAUCCGUUUUCCUUACCAGUUAGAAUAAGUGCAACCACAGAGAAAAUAUAUUUCAUAUAUUUUCUCUUUGGUACAAGAAACAGGCUUAAAUAUGUUUUCUGGGUUUUGGGGAUACAUUUAUAAACUGUUUUUACAUUCAUAAACAUUAUACAGAUUUAUGCCUAUAUAUUUUACAUUUAGAUUGCAAUUUUACUAUAAAAUUUAACCAGUAAAUAGUUAUUUUUCGAAAAGCUAAUCUUUCAAAUGUUAAAAUUGUUUAUGUAAUAUUUCAAUAAGUACUACAGUAGUUAAUUAAACAUGCAUAUUAAUCGUUACUGAAUAAUUGGUUUUAAUGCUGAUCUGCAUAAUUACGAAUACUGUUUCAAUUGUUUCUGUAUCUUGAAUAAAUUGCAGUUAAUAGUUUUCUAAAAA